AUGGCUCGGCCUGCAUCUGAUGGUGCCAGGCAGGAAUCAUCGGCCAGGCCUGAGGAAGCUCAGCAGGUCCCGCGCCGACCCGAAAAGGUCUGUGCCUGCCCCGACGUCUGUGGUCACAGCUCGCAAAUCGCGAGUGCGACAACGUGCCUCGCCGACACGGUGAUCGGAACCAUGUCGAUCAGUGGAGGUUUCGAGCCGGAAAAGGGGGCUCUGUUCCUCGGCUGCAUACCGCGGCGGCCGCUGUUUACUGCACUCUCGACAAGCAGGUACAACCCAGUCGUCAAUAGCAGUCCACGCCGUUGCCAGGACUGCGGGUACUUUCUGGCGUCUAAGGCGGCAUUGGACUGCUUGAAACAAAGGAGGAGGGCCAGACUUUCGUUAUUUGCCGUCGUCCACCGCUUCACCUCGCUGCUCCACGUCCCCCGAGCCCACCCUCGCCGCCCAACACUAGAGCGCCUCGAGCUUCACGUUGCACACUGCACACUACCAUUUGGCCCAGUCCAGUGGAACUUGUCUCUCUUGGUCGCCAUUCGCCGAGGUCGACCGGCCGGCCGAUACCUCUCGCUCCCGCACAACCCCCCUCUGCUCGAGGCCCUCGAGUUCACCACGAUAGUCGGUAAGAAGAUGGUUCCAACUCCCCCCAACUCUGCCUCUGUCAGACAGGACAGGCAAGGCGACAAGGCCUCGGCGCCAGCUUCGGCAGCAGAACAGCCGGUCAGCGUCGUCGCCUGCUGCCAUAAUCCUACAGCCUCAGACUGCAGCCAUGUCCGGCCACACCCUAAGCAUCUCUCUAAUCCCUUGGGUCCCGCCGUCCAGCUAACACCACGCCAAGAAACCGGCCGAACCCGCCCAUCGCGACCGCCAGAGCUGCCGCGCGCCCACCAAGAGACGGCCACUGCAACUCCUGAAACCGUGCGACUCGACGCUUUCCCGGCCGUCGAGCAAUCGCGGUCGCCUCAACCCACGCCUGUCGCCCGCAGCACCCCCCGUGACUGA